AUGACCUCCAUGGACGCCGAGUCGGUCGCGACGAUACUGUGCACGGCCAAGCAGACGAGGUUCAACAUUGCGACGCCUAGUUACCGCGAGCUUGACAUCGAAGGACUGAACAUCACUGUCAAAUCAAGCCCCAGAACACCCUCCUCCAUCGACGGCAAGAAAAAGGUUUCGUCGAGGGCGGCAAAAGCAGAGACGAGCAGCGUCGAGAUCCUGAGCAACGCCAAGCUGCGGCUCAAGGCCGGGCAGCGGUAUGCCCUUGUCGGGCGCAACGGCACGGGCAAGUCGACGCUGCUGCGGGCGAUUGCCGAGAAGCUGAUCCCCGGGAUCCCCGAGGAGACGAGGGUCGUGCUGCUGCAGCAGACUGCGAAGACUGGCGGCUCGGGUGCCGGUGCUGGUGGUGGUGAGGAGGCGAGGCAGAGCAUGAAUGUGCUCGAGGAGGUGAUUGAGCGUGCGACCUCGAGGGAGAAGGUGCAGAGGGAGAUCCAGCUUCUCUCGCAAGCAGUCGACAGCCCGAGUCCCUUCGGAGCACUGAAGGGACUGCGCAAGCUCAAGUACGAUCGUCUCCAGCAGGAGCUGUUUCUCAAGGACAAGGAUGCCAGGUUGCGCAGUGGUGCCAGGGGCCUACAGGCGAGGAAGGCUCUGAAAGAGAUGGAGAAGAAAGUCCAAGAGUUUAGGACAACCCAGUUUGAACAACCGGACGAUGAGAUAUCUCCAGAUACGCUGGCCCAAGAGACGGGCGAGGCUGCAGACAUGCUCGCCGACUUGCAUCUCCAGGUCGAGCCGUCCAGGAUGGCCCAGGUCGAGAGCCGGGCGAAACAGAUCCUCGCCGGUCUCGGGUUCACCGACGCGACAAUCCAGAAGCCCGUCAGCAGCCUGUCGGGAGGGUGGCGGAUGCGGACGGCUCUCGCAACGGCGCUGCUCCAGGACGACACGGACAUGCUCAUCCUUGACGAGCCCACAAACUUCCUCGACAUGCUGGGCAUCAUGUGGCUGCAGCGUUACCUCAUCGGGCUGGCCGAGGAAUCAUCAUCCACCGGCAGCAACGAUUCGUCAACACCGUCAUCAUCACCACCGCCGACGCUGAUCCUCGUCUCCCAUGACCGCGCCUUCAUCUCGCUCUGCACAGACCUGCUCAUCAUCCGCGACAAGGAAAUCACCUACUUCCACGGCAGCCUGCCCACCUACGAGGCCUCCCGCGCCGAGAAGAAGCUCCACCUCACCCGCAUGAAGGACGCGCAGGAGAGGCAGAAGGAGCACAUGCAGGCGACGAUCCAGCGCAACAUGCGCGAGGGCAAGGCCAAGGACGACGCCAACAAGAUCCGCCAGGCAAAGUCCCGCCAGAAGAAGCUCGACGACCGCAUGGGCCUCGAGGUCAGCAGCAAGGGCACCCGCUUCAAGCUCAACCGCGACCUCGUCGGCUACCACCUGACCAGUCGUGCAGAGAUUGACAUCCCCCAGGACGACAAGACGGUGCGCUUUGUACUCCCCGACCCUCCAGAGCUGCGCUUCCCCGGGUCCCUGCUGAGUCUGGAAAACGUCUCCUUUCGCUAUCCCUCCGCCACACGCGCGGCGGCGGCGGCGGCCAAGUCCUCGACACCGCUUGUCCUGCAAGAAAUCAACAUGACGGUCCAGAUGGGGGACCGGAUCGGCAUCCUGGGUCUCAACGGCAGCGGGAAAUCGACCCUGAUCAAGCUCCUCGUACAGCAGGCCAAGCCCACAACAGGGAACUUCACCGCACACCCGCGUCUGAGGAUGGGCUACUACUCACAGCACGCCGUAGACGACCUUCUCGCCCUGGCCAGCAACUUUGCUCGGCAGCCACAGCAACAGCAGCAACCCGGCGAGCUUACAGCCCUACGCCUGCUAAUGUUAGACCACACGACCUCCUCCGCCCUCGACGAGGGCGCAAUCCGCAGCCUCCUCGGCACCCUGGGCCUCCCCGGCCGGAUCGCGUCCGACGUGCCCCUCCGCAAGCUCUCGGGCGGCCAGCUCGUCCACCUGGGCAUGGCACGGAUCCUCGCCCGCUCGCCGCAGCUCCUCGUCCUCGACGAGGUCACGACCCAUCUCGACUACGAGACCGUCACGGCAAUGCGCGACGCGCUCAGGUCCUGGCCGGGAGCGGUCGUCCUGGUCAGCCACGACAGGUGGUUCAUGAGGGGCGUCAUAGAGGGCAUCCUAGGCGAUGGUGCAGGUGGCGGCGGGGGAGACAGUGGCGAGGACGAGAGUGAUGAAGAUGACCCGAGUGGUGACGCGGUGCCGCGUAGAAGGUUGCUCUACCGGCUCCGUGCCGGAAAAUUAUCUUUUCUGUCCGGUGGAGUGCAAGAGUUUGAAGACAGCAUGGAGAAGAGAGUCCGUAAGUUGAUGAAUGGUUGACAAGCGCAUAAAACGAAACCAAAGGCCGGUACUGUAGCAGCUCCGCCCUCCUUUAGAGAGCGUAAUUACACACCAUCCAACAUUCACCAUUCACAAAUGUGAGCAUG